AAUAAUUAAGGCUAGUAGAGGUGGCCGAUCGAUCGAUCGAUCAACCAUGCAGUUCGGCAAACCACAAGCUCAUGCCGCCGAUCCGCCGUCGCUGGCGCCGGAGGAUUCAUGGCCGUGCGGGCAUCGCGUGGCGAUCCGAGACAUCAACCGAGCCCAUGAUCUGAUGACCCAGCUGCAGGCUGUGUUACUUCAGUUCCCCGUCGGCUCCACCUGGUCGCAAUUGGGCGGCGACAUCAUCAAGGACAUACUGAAGCUCACCGCGUCGGCCCUCUCCGCCCUUCAAUCCAGCGAGGGGAUCGCCGGCGAGAAGAGGACUGCUACUUGGGGAAGAAAGAAAAGGAGGAGGGAGGAGGAGGAGAAAUGGGCAGUCGUGACGACGGUGCCCUACGAGGAUGGUCGCCAGUGGCGCAAGUACGGACAGAAGUCCAUCAACAAUACUGAGCAUCCGAGGAGCUACUUCAGAUGCACAUACAAAGAGGAGCAAGGCUGCGAGGCCAAGAAGACGGUGCAGCAAGAAGACGGUCAUGCGGAUCCACCGAAGUUUACCGUGGAAUACACCGCUCGCCAUACCUGCAAAUUAUCCGAGUCGACAACAGGUCUCCCUUUUCAAAAGCCCUCUUGGCCGCCGCCGACCUCUGAUCGCCUGAUCACGUCCUCUUCGUCAUCGUCUUCUCCAUCACUUGUAGCUGCUACUACCGAUGCUAAAGUCGACGGUCAAAGCCGUGAGAAUGUCUUCUUCAAUGGGGAUCUUGAUCUGUUGCGGGUGAGGGCAGAUCCCCCUUCACAAUUACAGUCGAAUCACGACUGGAAUCCGGCCGCAUUUGGUUGGGACAGACUGCCAGAAGUCAUUCGGAGGCCGUCCCUCGUUGGGCUCCCGACAGUCUGGCCAUCCGCCCACCUCCAGCGACCUUCAACUGCUUGUCCCGACUCAAAUUAUAACCUGAGUGAGAAUGUGAAUUCAAGAAGGGAUCAUAGUCAAUUACGGCCAAAUUCCAACCACGAUCCGGCUGCAAUUGCAAAGAAAAUCAAAAAAGGACUAUGGAAAAGUGAAUCAGAGGAUCCGCUCUCGCCAUGGGCGUGCACUCAGGUGCAUGAUGAAAUGCUCGACGAUUGGGAUUGGGAGUUGGAUGAUUUGCUCGGCCGGGCAAGUAGUCUGGAGUUGGACAUGUUGUUUGGAGAUGAAUGA